AGUGUUCUUUCGCAGUGAUAUUGAGAGUUUUCAUCAAAAGAUUGGUACAGUGUGUUCCUAAAGGGAUGGACAUGGUCAGCAACAAUACUCAGCAGAUCCAGCAGUGGAGACGUUUUUCUUCAACCAUGCUUCUGAAAAGAAACACCUGCCUGUUGGCUUUUCUCUUGUGUUCCUUGACCUUGUGGUGCAAGUCAACCAGUGCGGGCUCCAGCUUCCUCAGCCCAUCACAGAAACCUCAGAACAAAGUGAAGUCCUCCAGAAUCGGUCGCCAAGCCAUGGAGGAGCCAAAUCAAGCCAAUGAGGAGAAAACCAUCACACUAAGUGCGCCCUUUGAAAUUGGCGUCACUUUAAGAGCAGAAGACUUGGCGGACUACAUUGUAGAGCUGCAGGAGAUCGUGCAACGCCUGCUGGGAAACACAGAAACAGCAGAGAGACCAUCUCCUCGUUGAAGAUCAGAGACUGUGUCAGUGUUUUCCAUUAUUAGCUUUAGUUAUCUAAGUUAUUAGACUGUGGUUAAAUAACAUGAAAUACAAGAUAAAUGAAUGAUGCCUAAAACAUUAAAAUGCUUACUAUGUGACCCUGUGUGUAAAAUGGAACACAUCAAUCAGCCAAAUAGCAUUUCCUGGAGAUUUCAGCCUCUUCAGAUUAUGUUCAUCAUCAAGGGGUUGGUUCAGCUGUCAUUAUGAAUUUCACAGGGUGCAGCUGCAGGAAAAAUGUCUACCAAACACCCAAACGUUUAACUCACACUCUGACAUUUUGCAUUCAUUAUUAAAAUCCCUGUGUCAGCAGAGAAAUACGAUCUAAUGUUAGUCUGUCUCUUUAGGAUUCGAGUAUGCCUUAUACAAUAAAGCAUCAAUCAAC